AUGGAUCUCAAUGGCCCUGCCAUUCCGGCACCUCCUGGAGAGGUCUCAAUACUUGAUAAUCCUCCGAACAGCAAUGGGCUUGCUUUGGGAGUCCAGGUAGGCACUUGCGUGGUUGCGACAGCUUGCUUCAUGCUUCGUAUCUACGGCCGUUGUGUUAUGCUGAGGAAGUUCCAAGCAGAGGAGAUAAUGGCCAUAUUGGCAUAUGGAUGCUAUUGGGGCGCUAUCAUCUCGUCGUUCAAGAUGCUCAAAUAUCCGGGCUAUCUUGUCCACGCUUGGAAUGUCCGCCUUAUAGAUGUCGUUCCGACAACUUAUCUAACUCAUGGAACACCAGUGGUUGCCAUCAUGAUCGAAUGGGUCCGGUUGUUCGUUCCCACUACAAAAUCUAAGAGCCCAUUCUUUUGGGGAGCCGUGUUGAUUUCAUUUGUUCAAGUUGCCGCUGGAAUCGCCAUUGUUAUUGCACUCAACCUCCAAUGCACUCCGCACACGCGAAUCUGGGAUUUCAGAGUUCCUGGUACAUGCUGGAAUCUGUAUACACUCCAAGUGAUCUCUGCAAGCAUUCAACUCGGCUCUGAUAUUGCCAUGUUCUGUCUUCCACAACACACCAUCUGGACCCUGAAGAUGACAUGGCAGAAGAGACUUGGUGUUGCAGCCAUCUUUGGCAUGGGUGUACUUGCCAUAGUUGCGGCAUCUUUCCGAGUCGAUGUAACUGUCCAACACGGCAACUCCCCCGACUCAAUCUAUACUCUCGGUCCUAUUGUGUUUUGGGCCUCGGCCGAGAUGACAUGCGGAUUCUUCAUUCUUUGCGUCCCUUGUAUCCCCAAGAUUAUACAAGAAACAGGUGUUGUCCCCGCCAUCAAGAAGGGAACGGGCUUGUUCCAGUCUAGCGGCAAAUCCAACCAAGGUUCAAACGGCUAUGCUCGCGGCGGUGGCACUACUAAGACUUCCGUGUCCGCGAACAAGGACUACUAUCAGUUGGAAGAGGACGGCGUGCGUAUGAAAAAUCUGUCAGAGUCGACGGAGCAGCUUCACCAUGGAGCACAUGGCCCUGCCAUCACCCGUACCACACGCGUGACGGUGACCAACGACAGCCGCUCUAUCAGCGAUUCCGACAGCAAGAAUGAUGCCUGGGGCAAUUAG